CGGGCUGGAGCUGGGGAGAAAGGACAGGGGAGCACAUAAAAGGCUGCGCCCUGCGGGUGCUGAGACACACAAAUCUCAGUCCCUGGCCCUGCGACCCACCAAAGGCACCUCCGCAACAGCACCUGAACCCCGCGCUGCUGUGCACCUGUCGCGCACCGUCUCGACUCGAUUCUGCUCCUGGUCUGUUCCAAGGGCGUCAGAAUGAAGGCGGCCCGCUUCAUGAUGCGUAGCGCUGGCUCGCUGGGCAGCGCCAGCCUGGUACCCCGAGAGGUCGAGCUCUUCUCGCGCUACAGCCCCUCCCCGCUGUCCAUGAAGCAGCUGCUGGACUUCGGUUCACACAAUGCAUGUGAAAGGACUUCUUUUGCAUUUUUGAGACAAGAAUUGCCUGUGAGGCUAGCCAAUAUCUUGAAGGAAAUUGAUAUCCUCCCUGAUCGAUUAGUGAAUACCUCUUCAGUACAGUUGGUUAAAAGCUGGUAUAUCCAGAGCCUAAUGGACUUGGUGGAAUUCCAUGAGAAAAAUCCAGAUGACCAAAAAGCCUUAUCAGACUUUGUAGAUACACUCAUCGAAGUUCGAAAUCGACACCAUAAUGUAGUCCCUACAAUGGCACAAGGAAUUAUAGAAUAUAAAGAUGCCUGUACAGUUGACCCAGUCACCAAUCAAAAUCUUCAGUACUUUUUGGAUCGAUUUUACAUGAACCGUAUUUCUACUCGGAUGCUCAUGAAUCAGCACAUUCUUAUAUUUAGUGAUGAGAAGACAGGAAACCCAACCCAUAUUGGAAGCAUUGAUCCAAACUGUGAUGUGGCAGCAGUGGUCCAAGAUGCCUUUGACUGCUCGAAGAUGCUCUGUGAACAGUACUAUUUAACAUCUCCAGAAAUGAAGCUCACACAAGUGAAUGUUAAAUCUCCAGGCCAACCAAUUUACAUCGUAUACGUUCCUUCUCAUCUUCAUCAUAUGCUCUUUGAAUUAUUCAAGAAUGCAAUGAGGGCAACAGUUGAACACCAGGAAAGCUGUCCUUCCCUUACACCAAUUGAAGUGAUUGUCGUCUUGGGAAAAGAAGACCUUACAAUUAAGAUUUCUGACCGAGGAGGUGGUGUUCCCCUGAGGAUUAUUGACCGCCUCUUCAGUUACACAUACUCUACAGCACCAACACCUGUGAUGGAUAAUUCCCGGAAUGCCCCUUUGGCUGGUUUUGGUUAUGGCUUGCCCAUUUCUCGCCUCUACGCCAAAUACUUUCAAGGAGAUCUGAAUCUCUACUCUUUGUCAGGCUAUGGAACAGAUGCCAUCAUCUACUUAAAGGCUUUGUCCUCUGAGUCCAUAGAAAAGCUUCCCGUCUUUAAUAAGUCAGCUUUCAAACAUUACCAGAUGAGUUCUGAAGCUGACGACUGGUGUAUCCCAAGCAAGGAACCAAAAAAUAUGGCAAACCAAAAAGUGGCCAUGUGAAGAGCAACACUCAGGACACUCUAUGGGAUCAAAGUGGGUCUAGGGCAAUUGCUUCUUAAAUGUUCGUGUGUGAAGUCUUGUUUCUGCAGAAACAGAUCACUGCAACAGAAACAUUAAUACCGUGAGAAAUGGUGUUGGUUUCCAUGAUCCAGGAGAAGACAGGACAGAACUGUGGGAGUUAAACAAGGGCCAGAUCUUUGUUCUGUAAUGUAGAAUGACUUCAGUGUACUCAGAUCUUGUUUUCCAUCUCUUAUCAAUAGGAAUGGAGAGGGGGAUGAAAAUGAAGGCAGUUAUUAGCAAUUCCAAUAGAAAGAAAUUUUAGAACAUCCUAUUGUUAUCAAUACUGGUACUUGAUGAAUACCAAGUGUUAAGAUACCAGGAUUUGCCUACCAUGUAAAAGGUGAAGUUUAGUUUACACUACAUAAUUAGAAAUGUAUGUAAAUAUACAUUUCAUAGAUACUAUGUUUAUAUGCUCUAGGGAGAAAAGGAUAGUGACUAAAAUAAUGUUCAUUGUAGUUCAAAGAAGAAGAAUGAGUUAAAAUGUUUUAUUCAGUUUCAGCUAAGACGUUGGACCUGUGUAAAAACUCAGAAGAAGACCUCUUCUGAUCAUUACUGCUCCUUUAUUAUGCUGCUUUUUCUAUUAAUAUUUCAUGCAGUAAACCAAUGCUUAUUGCCAGGUGCCCAGUCUUGGGUGAGUUGUUAAAGGUACACUGAAUUCAGGAAGUCGGAGAUUAGAGAGAGAAAAGGAUUGUCAGAGUGAUAGCAAUGCUACACCUUACCUUAUUUUGCUCAUAAAUGAAACAGUAGGUUGGAAAGCUAUUGUUAGGGAAAGAUUUCUCCUAUUUGAUACCUAAAUGUAGUGGAGUUUAGAAGUGUUCUGUAACGGGAAGUGAUGAAAAUGCAAAGGCAUCCAUUCCUUAAACUUUCAAAAUUGUAUUUUUGCUACAUUUGAUUAUAUUGUAUACACUCCACCAUUAACAUGGCUGUUAAACAUGUUUUAACUGUUAUACGGCCCAAGAGCAUUAGACAUUAUAUACAUUUUUGAGCAUUUUUAAAAGUCAGAUAGCCUGGGAAGAAAAAGUUCUCAUGCCCACAAUGCUUUCAUCUGAGAAUAGCUGAGGCUGAGAGGUCAGGAAUGAAAGCUGACAUGCAAAUGGUACUUUGGAGAAUUGAAGUAGACCAUGCAGGUCUUCAGACUAUUCGUGUCCAAAUUGUUCUCAGAUAAGAAGUGAAUAAAGAACUUAAAGACACAAGGGAAAGAGAAAAGGAGGAAAUCAAAAGGCAGGCAUCUAUCUAUCUCCCCCACAAAUUAUUCCAAGGAUUGAUUUGUAUUUAUAUGAAUGAACCAUGGACAAGAGGAUGGAUUGGUGUCUUUCAAAGCAGUAUGCCUUCCUUUAAUGGCUUCCACACUUAUAAGAGAAUAGACUUAUGAUGAGAGAAUGGGUUCAUCUGUGUCAAAUUACAUCUAAACUGACACACAGGAAGAAACUUAGAAUUUUCUGCAUUGUUCAGCAUUUGUUUGUAUGUUGAAUUUAACAUCUGUGUUUAAUUUUGUGAUGACCUAGAUGCUAGGUCUUAGAGUUAUGGUGCUUCUGGUUGUGGCAAUAGAGACCUCAACCCUUUGUUGUGAAUUUCAGAUAUUCAGAAGUCCUCAACAGUGACUUUUCUUGAUGGUGGGACUUUGACUUGUGCACUUGGUGAUUACACAAAGCUGUUUGUCUCUUGCUUUGGUUUUUGAAUGAAAUUUGAGCAAAAUAUUUUUGUAUGUAAAUAUUUGUAGUUACCAAAGUUUUAGAGCAGUUAAUUAAUUGACCUAAACACUGCAAACUAUCUUUAAAAUAUUAAAUCGUGAAUAAAAAAGAAAAGUUAGCAAUUCAUGUUCAUCAACUAUGUAAAUAAACAAAAUGUCUACUUUGGUAUUUGUGGACUAGAUAAAAGACCCUUUGAAUUCUAAUGAAUGGUUACUAAGUGCUCAGACCCACUUAAAUUAUUAAUGUAUGACUUCUGUUCUUGUCUUUCAGUUAUGUACAGAGAAAUGAGAUAAUUUUUAUAAUAAAUAUUUUUAGUAUUAA